AUGCUCAAUAGUGGUUGUGCAGAGCUGGAGAAGCACACCCCCCAGAGCACUGAGUCCAGCGCCGGGAGACCAAAAGCCCCAGGCGCCAAAAGGAACCCCAAGAGCGAAGGCACCAAGGAGGGGCCAGCCCCGGAAAUCGGACCCCCACAAAGGGAGGAGGAGAGACAGCCCCCAAGAAGCCCCCCAGCCACUGCCAUGGCGGCGCCCCGGGGAGCCGCGGAGGCAAGUCCGCGGGCUCCGCCGGCCACCCUGAAAGCGCCAAAACACGCCCCGCCCCCCGGCACCAAGCCCCGGCGACCGCAACACCCAACGCGACCACACCACCCUCAAAAACACACAGGCGGCCGCGCCCACAGCCGGGACCCACGCGCAUCCGCCGGGAACCUGCCACGAGCGCCGCGGAACCCCCUCAAAAUGCCCCCCAGGCCAAAAGCGCGGCCCCACCCAACCAAGACAGACGCCAAAAGCGCGCAACGCAACACACCACGCACAGAACUGACCCAAGAGCAGAAAAGCCGCCCGACCGCCAGAGGAGCAGACCGUAGCCGGCGCAACCACCCCCCCCAGCAGCCCGCGGGCAGCACAGAGCCAGAGUGGACCACGCUGCUUCCCCACUGGACAAAGCCAGAGCAGCACAGCCGCGUCCGCCGCCCCCCCUCGCCACCUGCACAAGCCCCCAACAUGCUCCCGAAGCACCUCCGCCGCCCCGGCCCCCGGACGCACGCCGGCCGGAGCCACUCCAACCCCCACCCGCCCUGCAGCCACACCCGCCACGAUCAGCGGGACCAAAGCAGCUCCACCAUGCCUCAAAGCGGUAAAACCCACCCAAAGACCCAAUCAGCGCAGCCGGCCGAUCCACACCAGCCCCCCAACAAAAACCACGCCGGAGCCGCCCAGACCCCCACACACCAGCGGCACGCCGCCAGCAGGACCCUCACCCAACGGGGCCACCCCCCAAGACGGAAAAAGAAUGCCAAACAGAAAAGCCCCCCCAGUGCGACA